AUGCGUGAUUCCAAUUAUAAAGCGAUUUCCAGCAAUAAAGCAGCAGUUACAAUAACAACCAGUUUGUAUGAUAGACGUGCUCUUGAUGUUACGUCCGACAAACCAUUGGUAAAUUCUUUAAAUUAUUUGACAUAUCUUGUGUCUUCACUGGCAAAAGUAAGAGAAACCUUAUCGAUAGAUGGAGGGAUUGAAAGAUUAAUUGAAAUCUUACAUGAAUGUCAUAAUAAUAAUAUUCAGGAUAAUACAAAUAACGAAAAGAAGUUGUUAACAGCUUGGAAAUGGACAUUAGCUUUUCAAUGUUUAGUUCUUGCAGGUACAAGAGGAACAGAGAAAAUAAGACAAAAAGUAGUUGAAGCAGGUAUUCUUCCAAUUAUUGCAACAGUAUUGGACAAUUAUUUGUCGCUUAAUGAACGUACAUUUCUUCAUGCAAAUGCUAGACAAUUAUUACCUCAACAACAACAACUGCAACAACAACUGCAACAACUAGCACCACCACAGGGUGCCAAUCCAGAUCUUCCAGAUCAAUCAGACCCCACACAUAUUCCAUUUACUAACCCAUUCCCUCCACAAAUGAAUUCACAACCAAGACAAAAUAUCCGAGAACAAUUUGCGGUGUUCAACACUCAAGUUGACACAAACAUGAUGCAGGCCGCGGCUCCUCAAGUUACUAUGGAUGACACAAUAAACCAGACCAACACCACCAAUUUUUCUAAUUUUAACAUGUCUGACGAUGCCUACGCUAAUCCGAUUCAAGUAGCAACUGCUGCCAUUGAAAGAACUUCCAUUUCAAACAAUAACCCCUCAGCAUAUUUCAACCAUGUAAGUAAUUUAACUUUUGAUGAUUAUGAAAACCUAACUAUAGAACAACUAUUCAAAUUGAUUAGAAUAGCAAAUUUGGGUCCUCAAUAUGCCAAUGGCGACCAACCACCUCCACAUUAUAAGAACAAUACUAUAAACAAUGACAUAAGAAGAAGAUACAUUAUUGUCAAUAUAAUCAAUAAGUUAAAACAAGAGAAACAAUUGGAAAUGUUGGAUGAUAAAUUCUUCAAUGAUUGUGAUUAUGAAAUGGAUAGCAAUUUGCAAUUUCUUUCUGAUAUGUAUACCAAGGAUUUUGAGAAUAACAGAAUAACAAAAACCUCAUCAUCAGUGAGAAAUUUUACUGAAACUGGCGUGGUUAUCCCUCGUGAUGAUGAUAUUGUUUGGUCAUUACAAUUAUUAGCAUAUAUUUCCAAAUAUCCUUAUUUAAAAGAUGUUCUUCAAAAUACUCAUUUGGUAUUAGAUAUGAGUAUUCGUGAAAAACAUGCAAGGCUGAAUUUGGAAAGGCAAAUGAAACUUAAAAUGAAGAAAAAUUUGGCAAUAAAAUUAAGAUCUUCAACUAAUAAUUCACCAAAAUCAUUGAAAUUGUCUUGUUUAACAUUUAAACCUUCACCUUCAAAUUCACCACAAAUGGUUAAUGCAGAUAGCUUAAUUUUGGAAGAUGAAACUAUUAAAUUAUUGAAUGAUGAAUCUACUGGGUUAACUGAAAAUGCCGAAAUUGAAGAUGAAGCAGAAAGUGUAGAGGCAGAUGAUGAUGACGACGACGACGACGAUGAUGAUGAUGAUGAAAGUGAUAUCAUUUCUAGUGCAAGUGUAAAUACCGAGGAAUUACUCAUGGAUGAUUAUGCUAAGCGAACAAUUGAAAAUUCUGAUUAUCUUGUAAAGCUUUAUGAUUCUAUAAUUGAUUGUGAAUCUAUUGUUGAUGAUUUAGAACGAGAAAUUUCCUUGUUUCAAAUUAAUGAAAGAAUGAAUAAGUUUAUAGAAUUGGAAAGUAAGAAAUUGACCAAUAUAAUUAUAUCCACCCGAAAGGAAAGAAAAGAAUUAUUGGAAAAGAAAUGGGAUUAUGAUAACUACAAUAAUUUUGAUAUAGACGAUGAUGGCAACACCGAGGAUCAGGAUCAUUCGUUAGGAGAGUAUAGACGAGUGAAUUUGUUUCCUAUGGUUGAGAAGUUUACAUUUUUAUCAGGAACAGAUAUGUAUUAUUGGUCAGGUAUAAUCAUGCGAAAUUCCUGUCGAAGAAAUGAUUUACGAGGUGGAGUAAGACAAUGUGGUAAUUUAGAAUGUGGCCGUUGGGAAAGCUACCCUCGGGAAUUUCUGAAAUGUCGAAGGUGUAAGAGAACUAAAUAUUGUUCCAGGGAUUGUCAGAUGAGAGCAUGGCAUUGUCAUAGGAAUUGGUGUAUUCCAAGUACUUCCAGUUCAACCAGUAAUACCACAGCUUCUAAUGCUCAUGGUGGUAAUACAGACACUUCUGCUCAUUCAGCUGUAACUACAGACAACGAUCAGGAGAAUCAAGAUCUUCUAUGA